CCUGAUCUGAGCGGUCAGCGCGUCUCAUGUGCAUGGUCACCUGCUGAGCUCGGCGCGCGCACACACACGGCUGUAUAUUAGUAUUUAUUUUUUUAUUUAGCCGGUUAUAUUUAAAGAUAAAUCUUCUUCCCCCGCGCGCACACACACACACACACACCGCGGCGGGAUGGCGGAAGAGCAGUGUGUUGACUUUCUUCUAGCUUGUCUGAAUAAAGCAACAGAUCCUAUGAACCCGUCAGAGAGAUGGGACUGCAUGCAGGAGUUCUACCAGCAUGUUAAUGCACAUCCUGAUGGGCCCCAGAUUGCAACACGACUCUUGGCUCAUAAGAUCCAGUCUCCUCAGGAGAAGGAAGCUCUCCAGGCUCUCACUUUAUUAGAGGUGUGUAUGAAUAAUUGUGGGAAACGUUUCCACACUGAAGCUGUGAAGUUCAGGUUCCUGAAUGAACUCAUUAAAGUUCUCUCUCCAAAGUAUCUGGGUGUGUUGAGCACAGAGCAGGUGAAGCAGAGAGUGAUCGAGGCUUUGUACAGCUGGACUCAGUGGUUGAAGGAUGAGCCGAAGGUGCAGGAGGCGUACAGCAUGCUGAAGAAACAAGGAAUUGUGAAGAAAGACCCGAAGCUUCCGGAUGCUGUGGGAAUGCCUCCACCUUCUCCACGACAGGAAGUGUCUGUGUUUGAUAAUGAAGACAAGUCAAAACUGUUGUCACGGUUACUGAAGAGCGGCCAUCCUGAAGACCUGCAGAUGGCUAACACGCUGAUAAAGAGUACGCUGCAAGAGGAGCAGGAGAAGAUGGAGAAGGAGAGCAGACGUGUUAGCAGCCUUCAGGAAGUGGAGAAGUGCACAUCACAACUCAAACUGCUCCUGAACCAGCAACACCAUCACACUCAGGAGAUGCAGGAUCUGUAUGAGCGCUGUGACAGGCUGAGAUCAAACCUUUUCCGAUUGGCCAGUGACACUGUGGACAACGAUGAGGCUUUAGGUGAGAUCCUGCGCAGGAAUGAUGAACUCACACAUGUGAUGGUUCUGUACAGAGAGAAAACUCAGAGACCACAGACGGAGACGGACUCGCUGGUGAGUCCUGUGAAGUCGUAUCACCUGAUUGAUUUGUCAGUGCUGGAAGAUGACACGCCCCGUGACCAAGUGGAGCCGAGCACAACUGUACUGCAGAAUGAAGAACAGGAACAAAUACAUGGUGCAGAUUCCAGUAGAAGCACACUCAGUGUGAAUUCCUACCUCGAUGAACUGUUACAGGUUUUUAUAUUGGAGGACACGGUGAUCAUUACCAGGGAGACGGGUCAAAUGGAGACGUCUUACAGAAAUGAAGACUGCAUUACCCACAAUGCACCAGUAACAGCUACUUCAGAGCUAAGAUCCAGAGCAGCUUCGAGCGACAGUCAGCCAAUUGCAUCAGCUGGUCCUCCUAAACUCCGCCCUGUUUCAUCCCUCGCUGACAUCACUGUCUCUCUGGACUCCAUUAAGCCCAGUCACAUUAAACCGAUAACAGUGUUUAAUCAUCGUGGUGUCCAUGUCUCUCUGCACUUCACUAAAGAAGCUCCUCCGUCUCACCCUGAUGUUGCCGUCAUCAUCGUCUCUGCGGUUAACACCUCACCACUUCCUGUUUCUGACUUCCUCUUCCUGGCUGCUGUUCCUAAAAACAUGUGUGUGAAGCUGCAGGCAGCUACAGGAAACACAUUAUCUCCAUACAGCCCUCUGCUGCCCCCUGCUGCCCUCUCUCAGAUACUACUGCUCUCCAACCCACUCAGGAAGCCGGUGCGUCUGCGUUUCAGAGUGACUCUGACUCUCGGACAGGAGCAACUGAAGCAGGAUGGAGACAUUGAUCAGUUCCCUCAGUGGAACUCAUGGACUCACCUUUGACCUCUAACCUCUGGACACAGCAACCUGGACUGUGUGUGUGUGUGCCUGCCUGCGUGCGUGUUUUCAGACAAUAAUAUUCAAUUAAUUUCCAUUUUAUUUGUAUAGUGUAUUUGAGUGGACAUUUCACACAACAACUUUAUAGAAAUCUAUGAAUUCAGGAUAUAUUAAAUGAGUGAUUCAGAGGUGAUGGUGGUGAUGAAAAACUCCCAGAGUUUCAAGAGGAACCUGCAGAGGAACCAGACUGAAAAGGGAACCUCAUCCUCGUCUAGGUAACACCAGAGAGUGGGAUUAUAAAUCAUUAUAAACACUGAGAGUGGGAUUAUAAAUCAUUAUAAACACUGAGAGUGGGAUUAUAAAUCAUUCUAAACACAGAGAGUGGGAUUAUAAAUCAUUAUAAACACUGAGAGUGGGAUUAUAAAUCAUUAUAAACAGAGUGGGAUUAUAAAUCAUUAUAAACACUGAGAGUGGGAUUAUAAAUCAUUAUAAAGGCAAAGAGUGGGAUUAUAAAUCAUUAUAAACAGAGAGUGGGAUUAUAAAUCAUUAUAAACAGAGUGGGAUUAUAAAUCAUUAUAAACACUGAGAGUGGGAUUAUAAAUCAUUAUAAACAGAGUGGGAUUAUAAAUCAUUAUAAACAGAGUGGGAUUAUAAAUCAUUAUAAACACUGAGAGUGGGAUUAUAAAUCAUUAUAAAGGCAAAGAGUGGGAUUAUAAAUCAUUAUAAACAGAGAGUGGGAUUAUAAAUCAUAAACAUGGAGAGUGGGAUUAUAAAUCAUUAUCAACACUGGGAGUGGGAUUAUAAAUCAUUAUAAACAGAGUGGGAUUAUAAAUCAUUAUAAACACAGAGAGUGGGAUUAUAAAUCAUUAUAAACAGAGAGUGGGAUUAUAAAUCAUUAU